UCAGAACAAGCAUUACUGGAUCGUGUACUAAGCAGGGAUCGAACCCGCAACAGGUCGCGCACAGAGGAUUUGAUUUGGAGACCUUUACCACUCGGCUAUCCGUGCAGUCAAUACACAUAUUUGAAUACCUAAUAAAUCAUUAGGUAUAUUAUCUGUUUUACAAUUAAUUACUAGACACUACAUCACAAACCUAUUACUAAAUUACUCUUGCAUAGAAGCCAUAUAAUUACUAAACAUUCAUAAACUAUCAAUACAUCUUUAAAAACUACACAUAAAACUUAACUUCCCAAAACCAUUUUCCCCAGCCUAUAACAGUAAAACAUUACGCAAUAGAUAUUCAACGUGGCGCUCAUAAUAUCGGGAACAACCCAAAAAGGAUUCAUUUUCUCAUGUUUUCGCUUCAUAAUUCCCUAUGAGAUCCCCUUGGUUUUCCACAGCGACCAGUCGCCACUCCGGCAGUUGGUCCCGGACGGUCGCGCGGGGAGGACGCGUGUCGCGCUGAGUCAAACCUCCCAAAACAUUGCUGUGUUAAAUCAUAAUAUUGUGUGAAAUAACUGUGCUUAUUGUGUGUCCACGUUGGCAUUUUAUGGAUUAAUUUACGGGUGAACGUUGAAAUGGUGAUCAAGUGUUAGUGUUCAGUGAUCACGAUGGCAGUGAACAGCCCAGGAGGUUAUCCACCCGUUUCUCCCAAACCACACACUCCGAAGAGUCCACGACACUUCAUAUUCCCCCAAAAAAGCCCUUCCAUUGCAUCCAGCACCUCUUCCUCAGGCUACUACACUCCGCAGUCAGUCUGCAGCUAUGACAAACACAACCCACCCCCAAAGUCCCCGAUAGCUCACGGACACCGUAGCCCAAUGUCUCCUCGUCACUUCAACUUCCCCCAAAAGUCACCAUCAGGCCGAUCCAGUCCGUGUUUCGAGCGCGCCAACCUGCACUACAGCACGUCUCUGAAGCACAGCCGCCGGGAGAAGUCCAGGUCGCCCAAACCGCCCCCCGUGCACAUCCACACGAACCCUGGCUAUGUGUCCCCUAACCGCACGCGGAAACUGUACGGUUCUACUUCCACAGUGAGCUCGCCGCGACUAGCGACGUCACCGAGUAUAGUGUCAAGCCACACUGAUGACUCCACUGACGCGAUGCCCGGGACACCCUCAGCGAUACUUCACGAUGCUGACGACGAAGCUACUACAAUAUCUUCGAAAAUCUGUCGCAAGUCCACAUCAGAUUUGACGGAUAUGACUGACGAUACUCCUCAGACUCGUUCCACGAGUAUCAGUAGACCAUGCUCGCCGAUGCGUAGAGGCUCCAUGAAGGGCGGUUUGGCGUACUUGGCCAGUAGACGAGGCUCGAGGGAGUCUACCAUGUCAAACUGUGACUCGGUCGAGGAUAUUGGGCCGUUGAACUUCCAGAACACCAUGAGGGGUCGUCAGCGGCGAACGUCAAACUUUUUGGAGUUACCUGUCGUGGAACACUCUCGUCCUCGCGUGUGCUCGCUGCCCGAGAAGCCUUAUAACCCGCGCGUGUCCGACGACCUGUACCGGCUGCGGACCUUCAGCAUCACGACCAAGGGCGUGGUCAACUGCGGCGACUCUAUCUGUAACCGCCGUAGUCGGUCAAAUACGUCCGUCAACUCUACAAACAGCAGAGCCUCCGACCGGUCUCCAUUCGACGGCUCAUGCUGCUCCGGCUACAGGCCCGUCGACUCCGCGAGCCUCGACACACCAGAUGACGAUGAACUGGAUCCAGUACCAAAAUACAGGGUGGUGUUACUCGGAGACGCCGGUGUCGGCAAGACGGCGCUGGUAUCGCAGUUUAUGACGUCAGAGUAUAUGAACACAUACGAUGCCAGCCUUGAUGACGAAUUUGGUGAGAAAUCGGUGUCAGUUCUGCUUGACGGGGAGGAGUCAGAGAUGAUAUUUAUUGAUCACCCCAGUGCUGAGAUGUCGGUCGAGAACUGCUUAUCGACGUAUGAGCCUCAUGCGUGCGUGGUGGUGUACUCGGUGGUUGCCAAGAGUUCGUUCACUCGUUCAGCAGAACUGCUGGCGUAUCUUGCGAGGGAGCAGUUCACUGUUGAGAGGACUGUUGUCCUGGUUGGCAAUAAGGCUGAUCUAGCAAGAGCUAGGCAGGUGUCCACAAAUGAGGGUAAAGGAUUAGCGACGUCAAGAGACUGCAAGUUCAUUGAAACGUCAUCGGGUAUACAACACAAUGUGGAUGAGCUGUUGGUCGGCAUCCUCAAACAGAUCAGACUGAAGGAGAGCAGAGAUAAGAAACAGGCGAAGAAGGUUGGGAAACAGGAAGCGAAGCCGUCGAAACUGGCCAGUUCUCGUACACAUAUUUCUCUAAGCAUCGCAAGGGAGUUGCUCCAGAAGAUUUGUAUCAACGACAUCUCGAAAUCCAAGUCUUGCGAGAAUUUACACGUCCUGUAAACUUCUGUUCGCCUGGUACUUUUGGGAAACUUCUUAACUAAAUAUAUAGGAUCUUUUUAUACUUUAUUGAUUUUUCUCCUGCAAAUGGUGUUGCUUGGUCAUUGUUGAAAACAUGAACAGAAAUAAACCUACACCACUUUGUAGUUAUUGUUUGACUGGUAAUGAGACUAAUUUUUCUUUUCUUUUCUCGUUGAAGCAAUGAAAACUGAAGCUCUUGUUAUUGAAAACCUGUUAUCGAUUUUUUAUGGCUGUUUAUUAAAGUUUCUCGAUUGAAUGCAUCCAUUCCGCUGUCGGGUUAAAAUCCGGUUUUUAUUGUUUUUUUUCAUACAAUUGCAUUUCCUUUUUACAUGGCAGAAGUAGAGUCAUAUUUUGGAAUAUUUUUUGCUACCUACUAAAAAUAUCUUUAUAU